AUGAUGAUGGCGCGUACAAAAUGGCUCGCUCUGGGCGUUAUCGACUUGAUUGCGCUAGCACAAGCGGCUCAAGUUCAUUUCGCCUUGGAUCUCACCUGGCAAAGGGGCUCUCCCAAUGGCGUUGAGCGGGAGAUGGUGUUCAUCAAUGAUCAGUUUCCUGGACCACCGCUGAUCUUCGAUGAAGGCGAUGAUGUAAUAAUCGAAGUGACAAAUAACCUACCUUUCAAUACAUCUAUUCACUUCCAUGGCAUUGAACAAAUGGGCACACCGCAGGCCGAUGGAGUAUCGGGUCUCUCGCAAUGGGGCAUACUUCCUGGUCAGAAAUAUACGUACAACUGGCAGGCCACACAGUAUGGAACUUACUGGUAUCAUUCGCAUGAUAAGUCAAAAAUAAUGGAUGGCUUAUACGGCGCCAUCUACAUACGACCAUCCGCCGAAAAUGAGUCGCCCUUUUCGAUUAUUACAGAUGACCCGACCGAAAUAAGUGCUAUGGAAGAAGCACGAAGGGACCCUCAAAUAGUAGUUCUGUCGGAUUGGGACCACCUCACUUCGGACGCCUACAUGCAAGCUGAGCGAGAGUCAGGAUAUGACAUCUUUUGCUCUGAUAGUAUCCUGAUCAAUGGUCAGGGAUCGGUGUAUUGCAAAGAUCCUCAGGAGUUGACUGAUAUGCAACCGGCGCAAAUCAAAGCAGCUAUCAAUGCAACACUAACGGACAAGGGGUGCGAUCCUCUUAUUCCAACAUUGGAAGGUAAUUGGGACCAUCAUCCCGACAAGUUGCCUGGGGGUAUCAUCUCUGGCUGCGUCCCCAGCGAAGGCCCUCCAUCGGUUUUCAACGUCGACUCGGACAAAAAAUGGGCUAGCUUCAAUUUCAUCAGUGCCGCGGGUCUCAAAGCAUUGGCUGUAUCCAUUGAUGAGCACCCGAUGUAUGUUUAUGAGGUGGACGGGCGAUCAAUUGAGCCUCAACUGGCUCAUUCUGUUCCAAUCUAUAAUGGCGAACGAUAUUCUGUUAUGGUCCGAUUGGACCAAGAGCCUGCAAACUACACAAUCAGGGCUGCUGGAAACGGAAAUCAGAUCAUCUCCGGCUUCGCAACAGUCAGCUAUAAAGGCGGCGAGGAAAGCCAGCGCGAGUCUACACCAUACAUUACAUACGGAGGUCUCAACACCACAGCUUCUGUGAUAGAGUUAAACACCACCAAUCUCCCCCCAUACCCUCAGAUCCAACCAGCCACCUAUGCGGAUGAUUUCCAUCUUCUGAGUCUGGGAAGAAUCAACUCAUCGUGGGAAUGGACUCUAGAUGGCUCUACCUUCCUACCCGCGAACCUCGCUGAAAUGGAGCCCGUCCUUUUCAACCCACAAGCGCCCGGACUUGAUUCAACACUCAAGAUCGAGACAAAGAAUAAUACUUGGGUGGAUAUUGUCUUCCAGCUUGUGAUCCCGGAGCCUACUCGACUUCAGCCCCCUCAUCCAAUCCACAAACACUCCAACAAAGCAUUUUUGAUCGGUGCAGGCCAGGGGCAGUUCACCUGGGGAUCUAUUGAAGACGCAGUCGAAGAAUCCCCGGAAAGCUUCUUUGAUACUCCAAUCUACCGAGAUACCUUCAUAACUGCCCCGACUGGUGAAUCCUGGAUUGCUAUUCGGUAUCAGGUUGUGAACCCAGGAGCAUUUUUCCUACACUGUCAUAUGGAGACACAUUUGGCUUCUGGUAUGGGUAUGGUGUUAUUGGAUGGUGUAGAUGCUUGGCCUAAGAUCUGA